UAUUCAUUGCAAAAAUUUCAUCCUUCAAUUCAUUAUGCAAUCCCUAUACAUAAUACAUGUGUAUUUAUAUGCUCAUAUUACCAAAUUGUCCCUGACCCAAGAACUCUGUCCAGAUACCACAUGCCCUUGAAAGGGUGUCCACAAGUAUAAUUGGCAAAGAGUAAGCAAAAAACAGACAUUUUAGCCAUCUCUCUCUCCCUCUCCCCCUGCCUUAUCUCUCUCUACUCUCUCCCACAAAAUCAUAUAUUUCUUUAUUACCCAAAAAAAAAAAAUCAUAAAGAAAAGAGUAAUUGAGAAAUUUAGGAAAUCGUGAAGAUAAGCAUAGAGAAGAAGACAUGUUAAGGAUCCAAGAAGAGCCGCCGUCACAGCCACCGCCGGCUGCCACGACUAUAACCAGCAGUGUUGAGUCGUUGCCGUCGCCGCCGCCCUCGGCGGCAUCUUCUCCGUCUCAUGAGUUCUCUUUCACCAUAUCCCUCCACCCGCCGUCAUCCACAAAACCCGCCCCCGCCACCGGCGGCGGCGGCGGCAAAACCGCCAAGUCCUCCCCCGCUUCAUUCGCAGUAGACUUAUCGCCGGCGGACGAAAUCUUCUUCCACGGCCACCUCCUCCCGCUCCACCUCCUCUCCCACCUCCCCGUCUCCCCACGCUCCUCCACCACCUCCAUGGACAGCUUCACCCUCCCCAUAAAAGACCAAAACUUCCAAGCCGCCAUAACCACCCAAACAACCAACGACGACCAAAGAACCGACGCGAAAUCCAAACCCAAAUCCUUUUCCCUGUUCGGUCUCCCGAAACGGCGAAAAGCCUGCGGCGAGGUUCGAGACAAAGAAGACAAGGAAAAACAUUGGAGGAAGCUAAAGUACGACGUAACCCAAGCCGUAAAACGCUACAUGAGAAUGGUCCGACCACUCUUAUCCUUCAAAGGAAGAAGAAGAACCAUGGACUUCCACCACCGCCAAACUCAUUCUUUUUCUGGAAACUUAAACAUUAUUAGAAGAGGCGGCAACAGAAGCUCCGAUAUCAUCAGAGGCUUCCGAGGGGAAUAUUCGGCGCCGGCGUCCACAACAACAUCUCCGACCAACAGCGGUCUCCUCGUUGCGCCUUCAACGUUUUCUUCUCCCAGCGACAGCACCAUGGAAGAACUGCAAGCUGCAAUCCAAGCCGCCAUUGCUCACUGCAAGAAAUCCAUUGCAAUGGAAGAGAAUGAAGAUCAAAUGCCAAGAAAACUAGGGCACAUUCCUUCUAAUGGAGUCUCCAUUAAUGAUCCAAAACAUUAAUGUCCAGAUAAGGUUGGCAGAUCAUAGUACUUCAAUUUUAUCUUCCAUUAUUUCAUCCUUUUUUACUCCUAGUUUUUUUUUUUUUUUUUUUUUUUUUUUUUGUGCAUGUUUAUUAGCUAUUUUUGUAUUGUAUCAUAAUGGUGGAAAUUACAUAUAUCUGUAAGUAAUUACCAAAAUGAUUCCCCAAUAUUUAUGGUGCCUGAAUUGUUUUUA